UCCCUUUCUUACGACCAGAGAUCAAACCAUCUAUCUCUGAGAAAAAGAGUCAUUUUUUCCAAAACUUAGACCUCCUUCCUUGUUCUGAAUUCUUUUGAAUUACUACUACCACACACAGAGGCGACACACGCAGAGGAGAGGUGAGGAGAGGAGAGAUCAAAGUUGGGAAAUUGGAAUAUGAUGGAGGAGACUAGAUCCGUCGUCCGAGUUGGGUAAAUAAAUGGCAAAUGUAUCCACUAAAGGAUGUUCCUAGUUCAGGCUUAGUCUGCAACAACUUUGUUGUUCAUGGUUAACAGUUUGACAGUGUCAUCAACACAAUGGAUCUCGUCAGUGGAGGAAACAGUCUCAACAAUCCUAACCUUGCCUCAAAACAGCGAUUGCGUUGGACACACGAGCUUCAUGAACGCUUUGUUGAUGCUGUGGCACAACUUGGUGGCCCAGAUCGUGCGACGCCUAAAGGUGUGUUGAGAGUGAUGGGUGUACAAGGUUUAACCAUAUACCAUGUAAAAAGCCAUUUACAGAAAUAUCGACUUGCAAAAUACCUACCAGACUCCUCAUCUGAUGGGAAAAAAGCUGACAAGAAAGAACCUGGGGAUGUGCUUUCCAAUUUGGAUGGUUCAUCUGGAAUGCAAAUCACAGAAGCACUCAAGCUGCAGAUGGAGGUGCAGAAACGACUACAUGAGCAAUUAGAGGUACAGAGACAGCUACAGUUACGGAUAGAAGCCCAAGGUAAAUACUUGAAGAAAAUUAUUGAAGAGCAGCAGCGACUUAGUGGAGUUCUUUCAGAAGCACCUGGCUCUGGGCACUUAGCUCGUUUGUCAAGUGACAAUUGCCCAGAAUCUGACAACAAGACUGAUCCUGCAACUCCUGCCCCGACCUCAGAGUGCCCCCUCCAAGACAAGGCCGCCAAGGAAUGUGUGCCAGCCAAGAGCAUUUCCAUUGAUGAAUCUUUCUCAUCGCAUCGUGAACCCUUAACUCCAGAUUCUGGUUGUCAUGUUGGUUCUCCAGCUGAGAGUCCAAAAGUAGAGAGGUUGACAAAGAAGCGACGGGUUAACAUAGGUGAAGCAUUCACUGAUCCAGAAGCUGUGCUUACACACCAGAUACUAGAGUCGAGCUUAAACUCUUCCUACCAGCAAGGACAUACAGCUUUCCUGCCUAGGGAGCAGUUUCAUCCCUCAUCCGGGAUUUCAUUCAGGAAUGAAAAUCAAUUGGAAAAAGAUGCAGGCAGUGACAUGUAGCUUAGUAUUAUUGAGUUUUGAAUUUGCCUUUGAGUUUCCUUGGGAGAUAUGUCUCGACUCUAAUCAAGUGAAAGAAUGUUGCUAAUUACAGGUGUGCACAUUAAUCAGGUUCAAGCUUCUAGCACAUCAGUGAACUCUGUGCCUUAUUUAGAUGGAGUGCAUUGAUGUGAUCAACGGUUGGAAUUAGUAACUCUACUGCAAUACGAUUACUAUUUACUUCA